CUGGCAGCCGCAGCAGGCACCUGUACAGGGAGGGGCUCUGUGGGGCUUCCAGGCUUUUUCUCAAGCAGCGUUUUUCUCCCCGGGUCCUCACUGGUAGGGAAGGCGCUCUCUUGCACGGUCUUCCUCUUUUUCUGCGGAUGUGCUGACUUUGGUUACCACCUAGCAGCUUCCGGUAGUGGUGAGUGGUCAAGAGCAUUUUUCCGGGAGUUGAUCUCAGGUUUUCAAGAAUGGCCCCUGGAGACCCAGUUUGUUUUCUAUGUAAUUACUAGAGCUUUCAGAACAACCUGGCUUUCUCAGGGCUCUGGGCACGGAGUGGAUGCUGGUUUGCUCUUCUUCCCUCGAGGCUGGGAAAUAAAUCUCCCUGUGGGUGAGGGGCAAGGUCAGGCCCAGGUGAGUAGGUGGGAAGCCGUCCUUGGUUGGAGAGAUCAGCGGAACUUUAGCUCAGGGCUGGCUGUGACUUUGUGUUUCUUUCUUCCAGCUUCCUCUUUUGUUUUGCUAUUUCCAGCCAUGUGGUCUAGCAAAUAUGUUAUAUUAUUUUCCUUUUACUAAAAUAUAAUUUUGGGGAACGUUUGUUGGGGAUGGGGGAUACAACAUUUUCAUUUUUUGGUUUGAAAUACUUUUUUUGUUCUACUAGCAUCACCUAUAAAUAACAGUGGAAGUAGUAUAAAUGUACAUUUCUUUUGGUUUGUGAGUCUUGGUUUGUGAGUCCUUUCAUGAUAGCUGGUUUUAAAUUUUUAAGAAGGUUUUAUCUCGAAAUCUUCCUCGAGACGCUGUGAUUCUGUGAUGAAUUCGUGCUUUGGGUGUGACAGCUGGCACUGGGCUGGCCCUCUGAGGCUGGAGUGUUCUGUCCUCAGUGCUUGGAUUUGUGUGAACAGAACGAAUUGAUCUCGGUGGCUGUUUAGUCAACAGACAUGGAAGUGUCUCAGGUUUCUGGCUAACAAUUAGCUGUUUAAAGUAAAAGGAAGCUGGUGAGCAACAUUAACUGGGGGCUGAAGGCUUAUUAGAAAGAGAUGAGGAAAUAUAGUUUCAUAUGGGACCGAAACACCUGUGCCCCCCCUGUGCUCAGGUGUGGUUUCCUGCUAUCUCCACUGCUGGGUCAGAAGUCAGGAUGAUUUUGCUUAACUUCUGUUUAUCUGGCACUUUCAUAUUGUCUUAUACACAAGUCUUUAAAAAUGAGACCCCAGUGAUUUUUGUUGUUUCCUGGCAGUGUGUGUGUGUGUGUGUGUGUGUGUGUGUGUGUAUGAGUGUGUGCACAGGAAUAUUUUAGUUUGCUUAUACACAGAGAACUAGAUUUUCAUCUAGUAGAAAAACAAUUAUUCAAAAGAAAAUUGGAAAUUGUAACUCCUGGAACUAGAACUUCCUAAUGGAUGCAUUCUAGCGACCUGUAGGGCAUGCAGGAGGAUCAGAAGGAAGGAUUUCUGGGCUGGGGAUUUAGCUCAGUGGUUUCGCUGCCUGCCUCGCAAGCACAAGGUCCUGAGUUCAAUCCCCAGUACCAAAAAAAAAGAAGGUAGGAUUUCUCACGGAAAGAUAUAAAAGAAAAUGGUGAUCCCUUGGCGGUGCUGAUACAUAAUUUAACACUUUAACACUGAUAAAUAAUUUUCUAAAGAGGUACUGAGUAUGGCUUUGGGACAUGUGAUCCUGCCUUACCUGGAGGCUGCCUUUCUUCCAGUGCCCUCUGAUUUACUCAGCUGAAGUUUGCAGCACCCACAUCCCACGGGGGUCCCUGGGGGCAGCCACGAGGGCUCUGUUCUUGUCCUUUGCUGGCUCUUCCACACCCAUCGUUCCAUUUCACCUCUCUUCACUCUUGCUGUUUCUGAGUGAGAUCACUCAUUCCUGUGACUUCAGCACUUCCUUAUUCGUGGAUGACCUCGGGUCUCCUUGGUCACCUUUUCUCCUUAGCCCUGAGGAUAUUUUCAAUGACCAAGGGGCAUUUCAAGUCUAAUGGAAUCAAACUCAUUCUGCUGUCCCUGUUCUUGCUUCUGCCCUUCCACCUUCUCCUUCUUCUCCUUUCGUUGAUGUAUUUGUCACUUUAGCUAAUGGCAGAGCCCUAGACGUCACCCCAGAUUCCCCCUUGUUCUUCACCUCAACACAGACCCGCCUGUAAACUCAGGUGAUCCAAUUGCGGCAACGUUUCUAGACAGUGGCUCCACUUGCUAUGGGGUCCUUCAGAACCCUUCCCUGUCUACUCUGCCCCCGCCCUCCUCCCAAGCCCCUGUGAUCUCGGGGCCACGACUGGACCGCUCCCCUGACCCUCCCUUCCCUCCCCAGCACUUGGCCUUUCUAUGCGGUGUUCCUUUCGCCUGUUUUACCUUGCUUUAUUCAGUGAACUCUUCUUCCUUCAAAAGGACUCAACUCAGAAGCCCCCGUGAGUCCUGGCUGACUCCGGUGAGCAGGCCCUGCGACUCUGCUCCCUCUGCCUACACAGUUCCCUCCCUCCACCGGAGCCCACUUCUCUGUCCGGCGGCCCUCCCUGGCGUCGUCGGUCCCCAUCUUCCCUGUACAGUGGGCUCAGGGAGGCUGGGGGCGCAUCCCUGCCUCCUCACACACAGCCCAGGUUGGAAACAGGGUGGGAGACCAGAGAAGUGACAACAGAAGGACGAGGUGGCGCUCAAAUUGGAGAGCAGGUUUCCUACGUGUGAGGGUUUAAAAAUACACUUAGGAAAAACGGACAUAAUAGCAGCUUUCCUCUCCUGGGUACUAGUUUGUGGCCGGAGGCACUGUGCUGGUGGCUCGACAGACCUGGCCGGAUCCUGUUUUCCCGAUAACCCUGGGAGUUAUUCCGUGCUUGGCUGGAGCUGAGAGGUCAAUGGGACGGAGCCUGGGGCCACCGGAUUCCAGGCCUGGGGAGAAACAGGGAAGCGAAAAGGGGAAGGAAGGUGACUAACCCGGGAGGCUGGCCUGGGAGAGAAAGGGGAGGCUAGAGGGAGGGGAAAGGAAGCCAGGGAGGCUGGAAGGACGAGCAACGCGGAGGAAAGGCAGCUGGCAGACGGCGGGACGGAGCAGGACACUAAGUGGAAGGAAAGCUGUGGGUCUCUGCGGCUGGAUGGCGGCUGCUCGCCUGGCAGAACGCGUCAGACUCCGGUGUUAGCAGCGCACGGCCAUACGGACCUGGUACGCAGAAUACAGGAGACCUCACUGAUCUGAAAGUUCAGCAAAAGAUGACUUUUUCUUUCCUCCGGCAUCCUUCAGAGUUGAAGCAAGAGUCAGCUGGGGUAUUUUGGCCAACUGUUUUGACCCAGUGACAGACCAGGUGCGAUAAUGUUCCUCUGUAAAAAGAAACCAUGCGAAGUGGAGCGAAUUGUGAAAGCCAAUGAUCGUGAAUAUAAUGAAAAGUUCCAGUAUGCGGAUAAUCGUAUCCACACAUCCAAAUACAGCAUCAUCACCUUCUUGCCAAUUAAUUUAUUUGAGCAGUUCCAAAGAGUGGCAAAUGCUUAUUUCCUUUUCCUUCUGAUAUUACAGCUAAUUCCAGAAAUCUCCUCCUUGACUUGGUUUACCACCAUUGUGCCUUUGGUCCUGGUGAUAACUAUGACCGCUGUGAAAGAUGCCACAGAUGAUUAUUUUCGCCACAAGAGUGAUAAUCAAGUGAAUAAUCGGCAGUCUGAAGUGCUCAUUGAUGGCAAACUGCAGAAUGAAAAAUGGAUGAAUGUCAAAGUGGGAGACAUCAUUAAAUUGGAAAAUAACCAGUUUGUUGCUGCUGAUUUGCUUCUUCUAUCAAGCAGUGAGCCCCAUGGUCUCUGUUACAUUGAAACCGCUGAGCUUGAUGGGGAAACAAACCUUAAAGUUCGUCAUGCGCUCUCCGUUACCUCAGAACUUGGAGCAGACAUUAGCAGGCUUGCGAGGUUUGAUGGGACUGUGGUCUGCGAGGCACCGAACAAUAAGUUAGAUAAGUUCGUGGGAGUCCUGUCCUGGAAGGACAGCAAGCACUCGCUCAACAACCAGAAGAUAAUCCUGAGAGGCUGCAUCCUGAGGAACACCAGCUGGUGCUUUGGGAUGGUUAUUUUUGCAGGUCCCGACACUAAACUCAUACAAAACAGUGGUAAGACAAAGUUUAAAAGGACAAGCAUUGACAGAUUGAUGAAUACACUAGUGCUGUGGAUUUUUGGGUUUUUGGCAUGCUUGGGAAUUAUUCUUGCAAUAGGAAAUUCAAUCUGGGAGAAUCAAGUUGGGGGCCAGUUCAGAACUUUCCUCUUUUGGAAUGAAGAAGAGAAGGACUCCAUAUUCUCAGGAUUCUUAACGUUCUGGUCAUACAUUAUUAUUCUCAAUACCGUUGUGCCCAUUUCAUUAUAUGUGAGUAUGGAAGUUAUUCGUCUGGGACACAGUUAUUUCAUAAACUGGGACAGGAAGAUGUAUUACUCCGGGAAGGCAGCACCCGCUGAAGCUCGGACAACCACACUCAAUGAAGAGCUGGGCCAGAUAGAGUAUGUUUUCUCUGACAAAACGGGGACCCUAACUCAGAACAUCAUGACUUUCAAAAAAUGCUCCAUCAAUGGGAGAAUAUAUGGUGAAGUAUGUGAUGACACAGUUCAGAAGAAAGAAAUAACUAAGGAAAAAGAGCCUGUGGAUUUCUCAGGGAAACCUCAAGCAGCGAGGUCAUUUCAGUUCUUUGACCAGAGUCUGAUGGAAUCCAUCAAAUUGGGUGACCCCAACGUGCACGAGUUCUUCAGGCUGCUUGCUCUCUGCCACACUGUGAUGUCAGAGGAAGACAGCACAGGAAAGCUGAUUUACCAAGUUCAGUCGCCUGACGAAGGGGCCCUGGUAACUGCUGCUAGAAACUGUGGCUUUAUUUUUAAGUCUCGGACCCCGGAGACAAUAACAAUAGAAGAAUUGGGAACACUUGUUACUUAUCAAUUGCUUGCCUUUUUGGAUUUCAACAAUAUCAGGAAAAGGAUGUCUGUCAUAGUUCGAAACCCAGCAGGGCAGAUAAAGCUGUAUUCCAAAGGAGCAGAUACCAUCCUGUUUGAAAGACUGCACCCUUCCAGCGAGGACCUUCUGUGUCUGACGUCGGACCAUCUCGGCGAGUUCGCAGGGGAAGGCCUUCGGACCUUGGCGAUCGCCUACAGAGAUCUGGACGACAAGUACUUCAAAGAGUGGCAUAAGAUGCUCGAGACCGCAAGUGCUGCCAUGCACGGGAGGGACGACCAGAUAUCGGGGCUCUAUGAGGAAAUUGAAAGAGAUCUGACGCUACUAGGUGCCACCGCUAUAGAAGACAAGCUACAGGAAGGUGUUAUUGAAACGAUUGCAAGUUUAUCACUAGCCAGUAUUAAGAUCUGGGUUCUAACAGGAGACAAACAAGAAACUGCCGUCAACAUCGGUUAUGCCUGCAACAUGCUGACUGAGGACAUGAAUGACGUGUUUGUGAUAGCAGGAAACACUGUUGGGGAAGUGAGAGAAGAGCUCAGGAAGGCAAAGGGAAGUUUGUUUGGACAAAACAACAGUGUUCUCAAUGGCCAUGUGGCUUGUGAAAAGCCGCAGCAGUUGGAGCUGGUCUCGGUUGGAGAAGACACUGUAACAGGAGAUUAUGCCUUGGUCAUAAAUGGCCACAGUUUGGCUCAUGCCCUUGAAAGUGACAUCAAGAAUGACCUCUUGGAGCUUGCCUGCCUGUGUAAGACUGUGAUCUGCUGCAGAGUCACCCCGCUGCAGAAAGCCCAAGUAGUAGAGCUGGUGAGAAAGCACAAGAAUGCUGUCACUCUGGCCAUCGGUGACGGAGCCAAUGAUGUCAGCAUGAUAAAAACUGCUCACAUCGGCGUCGGCAUCAGCGGCCAGGAAGGACUUCAAGCAGUCUUGGCCAGCGACUACUCCUUUGCCCAGUUUAAAUACCUGCAGAGGCUUCUCCUGGUGCAUGGAAGGUGGUCCUAUUUCCGAAUGUGCAAAUUCCUGUGCUAUUUCUUCUACAAGAAUUUUGCGUUUACACUUGUGCACUUCUGGUUUGCUUUCUUCUGUGGUUUCUCAGCCCAGUUUUUUGGCCCAGUACCCAGGAAAGAUCCACUGGAGUUGCCCAUUUCUCCGCACUCAUUGGAUGGCUGGAGUCUGUCUUUCUCUCCGAGGGGAUUGGGCCAUGAGUGGAUGUGCUUCUGGUGCCCACACGGAGGAAAGAAGAGUCGGGAGCCUCCUGUUCUACUAAAGGCUGCAGGAAACUUCAGAGAGAUUGAAGCCGGAUCCUCAUUGUACAGAGGAGGAACCCAGGUCUCUCAAGAGCUGAGAUCAGUGACUGUUUAUGACCAGUGGUUCAUCACUCUUUUUAACAUCGUCUACACAUCAUUACCGGUUUUAGCCAUGGGCAUUUUUGACCAGGAUGUGAGUGACCAGAACAGCAUGGACUGUCCCCAGCUCUAUGAACCUGGGCAGCUGAACCUCCUUUUUAACAAGCGUAAAUUCUUCAUCUGCAUGGCCCAUGGAAUCUACACCUCAUUAGCUCUUUUCUUCAUCCCCUAUGGGGCCUUUUACAACGCAGCUGGAGAAGAUGGACAGCAUGUGGCUGACUACCAGUCCUUUGCCGUUACCAUGGCCACUUCUCUGGUCAUUGUGGUCAGUGUGCAGAUAGCCUUGGACACCAGUUACUGGACCAUCAUUAACCAUGUCUUCAUCUGGGGCAGCAUUGCUACUUACUUCUCCAUUUUAUUUACCAUGCACAGUAAUGGCAUCUUUGGAAUGUUCCCAAACCAAUUUCCGUUCAUUGGAAACGUCCGGCAUUCUUUGACCCAGAAGUGCAUCUGGCUUGUCAUUCUCUUAACAACAGUGGCCUCAGUUAUGCCAGUGGUGGCAUUCAGAUUUCUGAAGAUGGAUUUACACCCAACCCCAACUGACCAGAUCCGCAGGUGGCAGAAGGCCCAGAAAAAGGCAAGGCCUGUGAGGAGACGACGGCCUCAGGCCCGUAGGUCAAGCUCAAGAAGAUCUGGCUAUGCUUUUGCUCACCAAGAGGGCUAUGGAGAACUUAUCACAUCUGGAAAAAAUAUGCGAGCUAAAAAUCCACCCCCAGCAUCAGGGUUGGAAAAGCCGCUUUGUAAUAGCACUAGCUGGCUUGAAAAUUUAUGUAAGAAAACCACAGACACAUUGAGCAGCUUUAGUCAGGAGAAGACAGUGAAACUGUAAGUCAAGAUGAAUUUGAACCACACUUAUCUUUCACUUCAGCUGGAGCUGAAAUUCAGCUGCUCCGGGGCGAGGAGUUGGGCAGGCCAGCUCACUUAGCUUCAGUCUGCUGCUGCUGGUGCCCGGCAAAUCGGGCCGUACGGGAAACUGGGCCAGGUGCUCACUGUCCAAGCUGCAGUGUGAUGGACCAAAACCUUGAAGUUCAAGUAUGAGUUCUUUUGGUUUUGUUUUUGUUUUUUAGUACCGGGAAUCAAACUCAGGACCUUGCUCUUUCAAGGCAGGCAGCAUACCACUGAACUAAAUCCCCGGCCCCAAGUAUGGGUUUUUAUCAACCUUUAUACCAAUUGAUCUGAGCCCUGGGAUCUUAUCUAUGGAGAGAACCUUGUACCUCUGGGUAGACACUGAACGAUCCUCAGGUGGAUAAAUGAGUGCAUUCCACAGGUGUAUAUCUGAGCUGAGGGCCACGUUGUUGACAGAUAAACCAUGUACAUAAAGGACAGACUUUCUUUCCCGAGGCACUUCCAAGACAAAGUAGUGUAUAUGCCAAGGUGCUUUCAGAGAAAGGGUCACAAAUCACUCCCUAGUCUUCAUGUCUACCUUUCUGUCCCACCAGGGACACAGAUCACUUGCAUGGCUAGAAAGGAGAAAGGCCUGUUGGUAUUCUUCUUUUCUACUAGUCUAAGGAUAAGGUAGACUAAACAUGUUUACAGGGGCUAGGCUGGUCAUUUGGGCAGAUUUAUUUAAAAAGCUCUCAGACUGUGUUAUGGAUAGACAUGCCCAUGAAAUCUCAAAGCAUGCUCUCGAGAAAGUAUUCUAAAUAUGUUUCAAUGACUUUUGUAACAAACUCAGUAGUACUUUGCUGACCAUCAUCCAGACCAUGGAGGGAGUCAGCAAAGCACUGCGAUUUCACAAUUUAAUGAUGGUAUUCCAUAUAAUCUAUGGGCAAAUACUUAACAACAUUUCCAAUUUUUAAAACUUGGCAAUUGAAAUGAAACAAGUCAAUAGAUAGCCUCUUCAAUUACUAUUUAAAUACUCAGGUUUAGGAUAUUGAUAACCAACUGUCAUGUUUAUAAUUCAAACAUAUAAACCUAUGUAGAUGAGGCUGAUGUUCUGGAAAUGUUCUAGCCCGAAUGUUUAGUCUACACAUGAGUCACUAGUAUAUUUCCUGGAAAGGACUUUAGGCAGAUUUGUGUUCCAGUCCCAGCUCUGUUGCUUCUGACCUCUGCAGGCUGGGUGGGUGACGUACCUUCUCCGAGAGUAAGUUUCCUCCUCUGUGAAGCAAGGACUUACUACCUACCUCAUAUGGCUGCUAAUGUCAAAGCACGGGUUCUCAUCACCAAAAACAUAAUCCUCACACAAAUAUAUGAAGCAAGCUUCGUUAACUCAUCAUCAGUAUGACAGAGCAAUUUGAGGAGAAUAUGAACAGCUGGAAUCUCAGUAAUCCCUGGGGAAGACUUUGAUGCAAUGAGACUGCUAAGGAAGGUUUAAACCUAGUUAGUGACCUAUAGGGAAAUAAAACUCUCUCUUCCUCCCUUAAUUUCCAAGCCUGGGAUAAUUUUUUCUGAACAGGUCCAAAUGAGAUAAUGUGUGUAAAAGAUAAUAAAGAUAAUAUGUAAACAGUGCUUUGACCACAGUAAACACACAUAGGUGUUCCUUUUUCCUCUCCAUGCCUGUCCAGCCGUAUCAAGCUGUUAGUAUCUAAUGUCUUACCUGUCAUCAGUUCCAUGGUGUUUGCCUCCUUUUGUAACAUUGUUUAAAACUUUCAGUAAAUGUUUUGGCACUACUGUCAUUUGA